AUGGCCUCAAUGUCCCACAGUCCUGCCAGUUCCACGGAUGCACACAGCGAUGUCGAAAGUCCCAGGUUGAAUAAGCUGAUACACCCUACCAUGGGCUUCACUCCACAGAAUCCUGCAAAGGCUAAACAGCAUAGAUCGUCGUCGAUCAACUCGUUGGGAUCCACACAGUCACAGCACCAGCGAAGCUUGUCUCUUGUAAGUUUGGAGCUGCCACGAAAUUCCAUUGUGUCUAUCGAUGAUAUAUUCAUACGGCCUCCACGGAACGAUAGCAGUUCGAGUCUAGCGUCUCUCGGUGGGGCCGGGUCUCCCAAGGAAUUACCCCGAGACAAUCUGUUACUUGCCACUCGAUUACUGAAGAACAAAAUCAAAUCCAGCUGUGUGAUCUUGUCUGAUGAGGAGAACUCAGAGUCAGAACAUCAUCCUGUGCGUGCGGGAUAUCGCCGUAAGUCCAGCGAGAAGAUACUGAAGCCUACGUUUCUCUCAAGUCUCAAAAGAGAUUUUAAGUUCAAGUAUGAUCAUGACUUCAAGCAAAAGCAGACCGUCAAUUCUCCGACUUCGGCUCCCAGAGUGGUCGAAGACAGUCACCCAUCUCCACUCUCUUUGAACGUGGAGGGCCCGCAUCAAAGUGCCAUGCCACUCAACAUUCUUGACGACGAAGCGUCCUCGUCGAUACAUAGGGGCGCUCUUCCUGGCAAAAAGCUGCGUAGCUCCUCGAUGACACAACUGAUGUUCUUGAAAAAGAAACUAUUCCUAUCAAAAGACAUUCAACUAGAGCUUUUAACCGGACAUCAAAGUUCAACACCAUCACCUAUAUCUACAGUUCCAGAUACCAGAUAUCCCUUUCCAUCCAUUAAAUUACCCAUGCCUACGCGAGAUCUAAUACAUAACUUCUUUUCGUCACAAGUGAACGAACCGAUCUCACAUCAUCUUCCUCCACUGGCGCCCUUCCAGCCUCAGCCCUUGGCUCAGAGCGCGCCCUCAAAACCCACUCACGCUAUGUCGCGGCCAAUUUCGCCGUCCGCAAACAUUCCGAAUAAUCACCAUCAAUGCAGCGAGCUCUCAAUUAAAGAGCAGAACGAGCUUCUCUCCAAACUCAAUCGCAAAUGGAAUAAAGCGAUUUUCAAUACCCCAACAGAAAGCGAUCUCAGCGAUCCUUUGUUCAAUUCAGUCGCAACGACGAGAAAGCGGGGGCGCUCAGAGCUGGCCUCUAGCACCGACAGCUUCUCCAUAGCAAACACCAAACCUUAA